AUGACUCCAAAGCCAAGAAUUGGUCGAAUGGCUUCUAGACCAGCACCUCCCCCACCUCCACCACCUUUAAACACUGUGAAGAAGAGAAGAGGAAGACAACCAAUGAAACAUCUUGCAGACCGAAUUGAAUUAAAAACUUCAGAACCUCAACCUCAACCACAAGCACAAGCACCAGUUGUAGUUCCAGCACCACCACCAACUACCGCUACAGUGAAGACAGUUUCAGAUUGCUCGGAUUCAGAAGACUUUGAAGUUGAGCAAAAUACAGACCCUGCCACAUGGGACAGUACACGUCGCAAACAUGCAAAAAAGAGACUCAUUAAGUUCAUGACAAAUUACACUGAAAAUUUGUCAAAUGACGACAAAAGAGACUACAGUGAGUUUUACGACGCUAUUAUAAAAGCAGUUGAGAAGUUUGAAAACAAGGUCAAGAACCCAACUAUACUCGCUGACUUUUUCAUAACAAUUUUGCCAUACACUGCUACAGUCAUUGGUCUUCAAGUCAUUGACGAGUUUAUACAAUGCUUUCCUAAAGCAAGCCAGUCUCAAAUGUACUCGAAGCUCAGGAUAUUCAAACCUUACGCAAUUUCGUACAAUUGGUUAGAAGAAGCAGAACCAUAUGGAAAACAAAACUCCUUCCGUGUUUAUUUUGACAUUCCUGAAGGAAAAGUUUCAAAGAGUUUCAAAAUAUACCCAAGCGCUUAUUACACUGAUUUCACUCACAUUCUCACAACAAUUGCAAUGGUUGAACCAGAACGUGUUCCAUUUGGUGAAAAAGUUGUCAUACACGCCUACGUUUUGGGAAAAACACCAAAUAAAUUGUGCCAAUUUACUCACUACUCCGUCUAG